AUGGAAAAACAAGAACAUUGUGAAGAAGCUGACGACCAGUCUUUUCGGACUCAGUUUACUCGUUAUGUUCGGGAAUAUUGUACAGCUUCACAUAACAGUUUUACUUUGAAUGAGAGAAAGAGGGACAGAAUAGUGAGGUGUUUACGGGAUUCAAACGUUGAGACCAGUGCCAGAUUCCGGUUUUGGGUGCGAUCGAAGGGUUUCAGAAUUGUCCAGUCUCAGGAUGGAGAGGAUAUCUUGGCGUUGCCGCCAAAGGGGAAUGACCCGAAUGAUACGUUAUUCAAAAGAGUUGCCAUUAUCGAUGAAUUUUUUGACAUCAUUUAUGCUGCACAUUCUGAGAAUGGCCAUGUUGGACAAUCCCAGACAUUUCGAGCGAUUAAAGCCAUGUAUGCGCUGGUGCCUCGGGUCCUGAUAAUUAAGUUUAUUGAGAUGUGUCCGCAGUGCUCAAAUACUCAUUCCUAUGCAAUGAAAAGAAAACUGAAGUUGCCAUCAAGUAAUGUUAUCAGUGCUGACAAACUGGCUGGGCAAACUCAGAACACAUAUGCUGUGGUGAAACAAGACCCCGACCUGUUGGAAGAAGCUUUUGAUGAAUCUGAGGAAGCAACAACAAACCAGCAGGAAGUUACUAAUGCGUUAAAUGAAAUUCUAGCUGGAAAAAUUGCUGGAGCUGAGAUAGAUACCGAAGUGCACGUAGAAGAAGAGGACACAGGAUUAGUAACAGGCAGUGUUAUCUUUCCUUGCCAUCUUUGUAAAGAAGUGUUUUCAAAGAAGAAGCAUUUGCAGAAACACAUAGGGAACCACCAAGACUUUAAGCCUUCAGUGCCGCUGCAGAAAGUAUCUCCUAGUUCAAAAAAGAGGAGGUUAUUUCCACAAACAUACAACACUUCAUUUGUGAGCAGGCCAAGGAGAGCAGGUCAGCAGCGCAUCAUCCUGGACGUCGACUCGAGUCCCGCGGCAGCCCAGGCUAUAAUAUUGGCAGCAUCACGACCAGACAUUGACCUGAUGGCAAUCAACUGUGUUGCAGGGAGAGUCUCUGUAUUGAAUGCAUGUGAAAAUGCUCUCAGAAUACUCCAGGUUUGCGGGCGAGAAGAUGUUCAUGUGUGUAGAGGUGCAGAAAAAUCUUUAUUAGGUCUCUUUGGCAAAGAGGACAACCUUCCUGGAGCCGCUUGGUUGCGAAAGGUGGAAGGUAACGUCCAACCAGAGCAUUCAGUGUCGUCACUGAUUCGAUGUGUCAACGACAAUCCAGGAGAGAUCACUCUGGUUUGUCUUGGCCCUCUGACAAAUUUAGCUUUGGCACUCAGGCUUGAUCCUUUAGUGGCCAGUCAUUUGAAGGAAGUUUAUAUUGUUGGAGGGAAUAUUGAAGGCCAAGGUGACUUUUCAUCAUGUGCUGAAAGAAACUUCCUCUUUGACCCAGAAGCCGCUCAUAUCGUGCUACAAGAAGUCAAAGAUGCUGUUAUUUUACCCUAUGAAAUUGGCCAGCGACAUUGCAUUCCCUUUAAACAUCUAGUCACCUGUUUGAAUGCUGGUACAGAAGUCUCCAACUUUCUCAUAGAAUCUGUCACUCAGGAAGAACUCCAGCUUCAAGCAAAAACAGGAGUGGUGGCCCCUGAAGUGUUUGCAGUUGCCAUGGUGAUAGACUCCACCAUCGCCCUGGAGAAGGAGAAAGUGUUUGCCACUGUGGAGUUGAAAGGAGAAUAUUCUAGAGGUAUGAUGGUAGUGGAUCAGAGAGGCUAUUUCAACAAAGAACCAAAUGUAUACAUUGUGAAAAACAUGGAUCUGGGCAAAACUCAAGCUUUAUUUGCUUCUGUUUUUACGACACCAGAAGCAACGGAACAAACCACAAUGACAGUCACGGUUUCAGGUUCAAACCGAGAACAUUUGCCGAUUCUUUACAAAGAGACGAGAGUGACUAUAGUUUAG